AUGGAGACGAUGGUGGCGAACGGCGGUGGGGAGGGCCGGGCGGCGGCGAGGUACGGGGACAGGGAGCAGCAGGGCGCGGGGUGCGGAGGCGCGCGCCGCUUCCAGAUGCCGCUGCACUACCCGAGGUACACCAGGGCCAACUACGAGGCCAUGCCCGAGUGGCAGCUCGACCGCCUCCUCUCCGACUACGGCCUCCCCGUCCACGGCAGCGUCCAGCAGAAGCGCAGCUUCGCCAUGGGGGCCUUCCUCUGGGGCGCCGGCAACUGA